AUGGCCGGCUUCAUUACCAAGAUUGUCGGCCUCUCAGCAUACACCGGCCUGGUCGCUGUAACACUACCAUAUCUCCAACAACUAGACUUCACGUCUCCCUCCCUCCUAAGAGAUGUCGUCCCCUUCUUCCAACCAUCACCGCAGCCCUCGACGUCCCCUAAAGAAGAAACACCCAUCACCCAAGAACCAGUGGAAGAACCUUUCACGUGUCUCCCCCAAAACUACACAACUCAGAUCGUCUCGCUCGACCCCCUAGUAAUCUACAUCCACGACUUCCUCAACGAAAGAGACAUCGCAGGGCUCCUCUCAGCAGGCGAACCAGCCUUCCGGCCCUCCUUUGUGACGAAAAACGGCCGCACACAGGGGUCUCCCGACAGAACGUCCUCCUCGGCGGGACUACCCCUCGACGCGCCGGCAGUGCAAUGCGUCCUCGCGCGCGCGGAAAAGUUCAUGGGCACGAUGCUGGCGCCGGGCAGAGACGAAAUCGGCCCGCCGCAGCUGGUGCGGUACACCGCGGGCCAGCGGUUCAACCUCCACCACGACUGGUACGACGAUUUCCAGCCCGAUAUGACGCUGCAUCGGCGGCGGCGGUGGAACCGCGUCGCGAGCUUCUUUGCGAUCCUGGAGGACGAGUGUACGCGGGGGGAGACGUAUUUCCCAAAGAUCGAGGCCGUGACGCCGCAGGAGUUGGCGGGCGAACGGCUUUGGAGACGACACGAGGAGGGCGGCCUGGCGUUUAAGCCUGUCAGGGGGAAUGCGGUGUUUUGGGUUAAUUUACAUGCGAACGGGACUGGUGACGAGAGGGUUGUGCAUGCUGGAUUGCCGUUGGGCGAGGGGUUGAAGACGGCGAUGAAUAUUUGGCCAAAGAGGUAUAUUGGUCCUGAGGCAUGGGGGGUGGUGGAGGAGGAGGAGGAGGAGCUUGUGGUUGAUGAUGCGGAAGUUGGUCCGGUUUGA